AUGUUUGCGAUUUUUGCACUUCUUCUGUUUUCCGUGGUCUUCGCGUCUGACGAGAGGUCGAACAGAACGGAUUUGAAAUGUUUUGGAUUUGCUAUUCAUAACGUAUCUCUUUCCGCAUAUUAUCCUGUAUUUGGAACGGACGAUAAACGUAAUCAUCUAGAUGAUCUAGGAAAAGAAUUGAGGACUCUCCAGGAUUAUAUUGAUGGUCGCACUCAUUUCGUUACUGUUGCUGGUAAUUUAAAAUCUGGCAUUUCGUAUGGAACGAAGAUAUGCAUAGAAAAAUUGAAUGAGCAAUUCGGGAGACAAAUUCCCCUGCAGAUAAGGGACCAGAGUGACUACGAAUACGAUGGUCCCAAAGAAGUUCUCGAUUUCUCGAGAUUGGAAAUUUGCGUCAGAACUGAGGAGGAUACUUACGAUAAAUACCUCAAUGACUUUGUUACUGUUUAUAUAGAAUAAUCACAUGGA